AUGUCGAGUUUGUCACCUCAGAGUCCGGAGCCUACCAACAUGGUGCCCAGACCCAGCGAUGUGUUCGCUGAACCUCCGGCUUUCGUUCCGGACGACUCUGAGCCUCUCGACUUGAUUUCUUUCAUGGCCCUCGAGGAGGCCGACGUCCCCGUGGAUGGAGGGACUCGAACCGAGGGCGAGACUGCGGAUCCCACCGACAAAGCUCUCAAGCUGGAGCGUUUUUCGGGUGCUCCCAAGACUAUAGGCCUUGUGGAAUGGCGCCGUCGUUUCGUGGCUCUCUCUGCCGCUCGCCGCUGGUCGUGGCCUAUGGUCGUGGCCAAGCUCAAGGCCUUCUUGACUGGUCCUGCGGCUCGCCUGGACCCUAAGGCGGCCGUCGAAGCUAUUUGGGCGGCCCUUGACAAGGCCUACGGCCUGACGGUCCCUCAGGCCCUCGCUAGGCUGCGUUCUUGCACCUACGACCCCGCUGUGCCUGGUCCGUCGGUAGACGAGCUGGCGGCCAACAUCAUCGAGUGGUGUACCGUGGCCUGGGCCUUCCUCGAUCCUGUCCACCGCGAUUCUGUUGCGGCCAGUCUUUUUUGGGCUAGUCUCCCUAAGACUUCGCAGACCAAACACAUCUACGGGCAACUUACGGCUGGUAAGGCACCGGGGUCCCUUACCUUGGUUGCCUCGGUUGAGUCCGCUCGUCCUCUUUUUGAAGAGGAGCGUGAUGAGGUCACUGAGUUAAGUAUGGUUGGCACCUCGUCCACCGGCCCUGACCGGUCUCGCGGCCAUGCGCCCCCAUUUUCUCGUUCCUCUUCUCGGAGCUCACACCCCUACGGUGCCGGCCAUCUUCGCGGUCGCCGCCAUGGCUCGACUUGCUACCAUGCUUAA